UUCACUACCUCGCGCGCUCCGCCACCGCACGGCCGCGCCACUCCCGCGCACCUAACAUCCACAUUCACAAAAACUCGUUCAACAUCCGUUCUCGUGACCACCGAUAAUAAAAUUUUGACAAUAUUGUAACCUUUAUUCUGACAAUUGGUGCCGGUUAUGUCAAUUCUUUACGCUAGCCAGUAUUGUGAUCUUCUACGGAUAGACAUCCUUUGGUGAAGUGUGUUUUCGUUUGUGGAUUGAGUGCAUCAGACUGUAAAGGAGAAGAAUCCGAGGAUACUUUCACUGGACUGAAAGUCGCUCAACAUUCUUUCGGAUUACUUCUUUGGCCCAUUUUCAAACUAAAAACAGAAUGCCAGUUACGUGAUCAACCGACGGUAUUCUAAAGGCAAAAUGUCACCAGUAUGCCAUAAUUUUGUUCAGAACGCGUGGAAGAAGGAUUUCUGCUCAAACUGCUUCAAGUCUCGCGAGGAACAUGCCAAGCAGGAACGGACCACAGAGGGUGCAAAAUACCUCGCCACGCCGUUCCAGAACAGAAGCAAUUUCUUCAAGAAAACACCACCAAGUAUCUUAAAAUCGAAUCCAAAAAAGAAGAAUAAACGAAACGUACGAUUUCCCGCAGAAGUAUGCAGCGUUAUUGGCUUUGGAGGCGAUGACUGGUCUGAUGGAGAAGAAUUUGAGGUCUCAGAGGAUAAUGAUGACGAAGAUCCUUUCCCAGAUACAGAGGAGGAAAGAGAACUUCACAAGAUUACUAAGUCUAACACUGACUUUAAUACUGUUAAAGCCAAUCUAUUGGGAGACUCAGUAGCUAAGUCUUACACUUCAUUGCUUCUAGGCAAGGUGCAAACAGAUUCUGCCGGAAAGAAAAAAACAUUAAUGGUAUCAGUAACUCCAUUUGGCUCAGAUAACAAGAGUCCUACAGCAAAAUCGCAUAUGCGGAGUACUGCCGCUGUUAACAUGUCAGAUACAUCAACAGAAGACAAUUCGUGCUACAAAACUAACAUCAUAUUAUCAACUCACAUUAAAGAGUCUGAAACUAUUAUUAGUUCUGAAGGUGUAAAUACGGAUGGCAUCUGUACAGAAAAGUCCUUAUUGGAAGAGAUAUCAGAGACCCUUAAACAAAACAGAAUUACUAAUACUUCCGAUUUAAAUUUUACUCAGUCAGACAGCGAUAAGCCUACAGUAGUGGAAGGGAAAAUGAAGGAAAGCAUGUCAGACGACUUCGACAAAAAAGAUAUGACUGAAACUAAAAAGAACAGUCUUGCAAGAAAGUCACCCGUGCCUAAAACACAAGAAAGACCUAAAGUAAACCUCAGCAGACCAGAGUUCAAAUUCUGUAAAAUAAACAUUGAAAGUAGCAGUGUAGAUUCUGCAGUUGGUACUCUCAAUUCAACCGCAAACAAUUCCUUGGCUUCAGACGACGAAAGCGUCAGUGGUCGCACUGAUUCAGACAAUGAUGAUAGUGGCCACUUUUCAGAGAGCCCUAAAUGUGACGAAACUGUUAAAAUUAAAGUAUUCAAUGAAGGUGAUAAGAAUAUUAAAAUGUCGCCUAUCAGCCAGCUCAGAAAAGCUGAUGGACAGGCAAAUACUGGUUAUACAACAUUCCAGGCGCCGAUCAUUGAUAUGCCUGCAAUUAUACCCAAGCCCCUAGGACAUAUAUUCUCUGCAGAAGCUAGUCGAGAACUUGCCGGUGAACCAGAUGGUAGAGCAGACCCCGACGAACCCACUGAAGCACCAGCUCUGCCAAAAAGUCCUGUCCCUACCAUGGACCCUCGUCCUUCAUUUUUACAUGGCAUGAUUAGUGAUAUCAUUCCAACAUCCAAACCCGCUGUGCCUGAAAAACCGAAGAUACCAGUAAAACCUGUCAUUAAACAAACAACAAAGAAAAGUGUCUUGGCUCACCAACAUCAUACAGUAAUGCAUUUACAGAUAUCGAAAAAAGAGGAUGAUGAAAGCGCUAGAUGUCUGAGUGAAGAGAAAAACAAUGAAAUCACUGAAGUUCAAGAAGAUAAACCGGAACCUAUUUACUACGCUAAACCAGUGCUAACGAAGCAAGACAGCGACACAUCCUUACAUAGCCUCACCAAACGAAAAGCUCCUACACCACCGUCAUCACCUACCGUGGAAGAAUACUCGAACAAUAUUUACCAAAGAAAUCCAAGCGGAUUCAUGAAAUCUGAUUCACCAGUCGUGAGAGAAAUGGAAAAAAGGGAAAGAGCUACAUUGGGAUCUGUACCCAAACCACGGUCUGUUGAAGAGCCCGUACAAAAUAAAAAGGUUGAAGUAACCCCAGAGCCAGCUCCGCGACGAAAUAUUUCGCUUUCGCACGAUAACUUACUUAUUGAUGAGAAGCGUAAAGGUAAAUACAAAUUCUCUAUAAAAAAAUUACUUCGCAUAGGAUCGUCUAAGGACCUGGAUAAGAAAGAAUUAAGUAUUCCUAGUCCCGUCAAAGUGUCAAAUAAGCCUGAGGAGCUUUACGAUUAUGCGCCAAAACCAAAACCACGUCUUGUUAUCAUUCAUCCUUUGGACAUAAAUGGGUCAAACGUCGAAGUGGUGAAACCAAAUGAGAUUACAGAGCUGCGGCGUUUAAGUCAUGAUGACGCAUCGUCAGUUUACAGUGGCAACAGUUCUACAACCGAAAGUGAAAUUAUGAAGAUUGUGAACAAACCUCCUCCGCCACCAAGACAGCUGAGUGAUGACUCCAAAACUGUAUCCCCGACUCCAAAACCAGCUCGUCCACCGCCACCAAAAUCGGUUGCUUUACAAAAAAAACAGAAACAACAAACUUGGGCAACACCACAGAACAAGAUUGACAAUAUUUAUGCAAACUUAGGUGAAAUCCGAUCAGCACUUGCUCCAAGAAAACCAGAACGAACAGCAAGUAUGCGCGAACGAGAAGCACGUUUAGAACUGCCUAAACGUAGAAACGCCAUAGACGACGACAAAGACGAAGUUGACGACGAACCAGAAGAAUUGGUACAAGCUACUAACGAGACAGUCAUACAUAAUUACGAUGAUGUUUAUAACUCUAACAAGUAUGAAGAGGAAACUUGUGAUUCGGCUAAAAACAGUGACAGUGACUAUGAGUACGUUCACCACGCAAGGUCAAGUUCCCCGGAAUGCGAUUCAUCUAUUAAGCCUAGAGAAAACACACAAGGAGUUGAAGUACGCAAAAGCGAUGGAGAACACGGCACUGACUUCUCUAAAUAUGGCAACGGAGUCUUCAACAGAUCAUCUAUUCCUUAUUGUGGUAGCGAAACAGAGUCCGAGAUUUAUUCUCCAUACAGUUUUUACAGUUCAACAGAUGCUAUUGACAGCCCCACAAAUGAUGAUUACCAAAAUGACUUGACUCCAAAGGCAACAACAAAUAAGCUAAGAGUACGGAAGGGAAGGAGCGUAGUUCACAGAAACUUGGAAGAUAAUUACGGUGCAGUUGUUAUUGCGAACCAUGAAGCACUCGCGCAAGUCUUAGAACAGGUCCAACAAAGUGCCACCAUGCAGCCAUCCCUCAGAGGUCUUAAAGCGUGCACCAAUCUCCGAUGGAAUGAUUUCGCCGUUCAGCCAUCUAAGAACUUCAUAAAGGCUGGGAAGCGAUUCUUCUACCCAGCAAUCUGGAACUCCAACCAAGGCCCUGUGAAUGUUACUUUGAUGCUUUACAAGGAGCAAAUGGCAUCGCAAAUGAUUUGCCAGCAAUCAGUGCAACCUCAAUUAAGCCUGAACGCUAUUACGGAGUUUUGCGAUCUGGUGCCACUGCAGCAAUUUGGGGAGGAAGGAGAAGAUUUAGUUCAAGCUACUAUCGUAGUUUUGGCGCAAGCUCAAGUCGACACCAUCCAGUCCUACGGGGAGAAUCUUCAUGCUACCGAAGGCCUUACCACGAAAGAGUACCAAUUGGUCCAAACAGAGCAAAUUCAUGAGGCCAUAUUCAUGAUGCUACAAGUCAUAAACGGGCUCAAAUGUUUGCAAGCCCGAGGAAUGGAGGAAAUUCCUGAAAGUUUGACGUCAUUCAUUGCUUUAAAGGAGAUUCAGCCAAUAGCGACCCACGGAAGUGCGUUGACUCUGCCAUCUCCAGACGACAGACUGAACUCAUUGUGGGCGCCAAAGACCAAUUCUUAUGGGAGACUUUGCAUAUUGCAGGGAUUGAGCGAAGAAAUCAACUGCAACAAAUCAGCAGAGGACGAGCAUUUCAAUUCUUUAUGUAAAUGUGCUAUCAAGGCGUUGGAGAUUCUCCUACCUGGGGAGAAACUGACACCUCUUCUUAAAGAGCUAUUGGACCACGAACGGGCGAUAUCUUUGAAUCAGGCGAAAUCAGUACUGGAGUUCAUGCUUUGGGGACCGCUGGACAUCGUCCAGGGAGUACCAGUUCAAGAAAGGGAAUUGUCUCUACAAAGAUGGCUAGACCUUGAACGAGCAACUGUGCUUCAUGGACUGGUGAGGACAAGAGUCCAGCUAAAUGUCUUCGAACAAUUGCAUCUUAUGUUUUUAGUACGCUCAACUGCUAAGGCCAUGUGUGACGCGUCUGUGUUAUUGGAAAAAGCUAAUGUUUAUUAAUCUCUGUAAAUUUUGAAUAAGCUUUACUUUGGGAGCCUCGAUUUCCGUCUAUUUAAUUAAAUGGUAACCCUAUUUAAAAAAAUGUUAAUUUGUAAGUUGUUGCCAUUACAAAGUCGCAUUUAUAUAUUCUUUUUUUAUUUUUUAAAUCUGGAAACAGACAACCUGAGCCAACAAAACAUUAAGAGAGGCAUCCCAUUAUUUCUAAGUAUUUAGUUUAGUAGGCACCCGAAAGACUUUUUAUAUUUAUAUUGUAUUUUUAACAUUACAGAUUACUUAACAAAAAUUUAUAAAUAAUGUCGAUUGCUCUGCUCACAAUUUCAUCUAAUUUGACUGGAUUUAAAAUCGUUUCCCUUUCUAUUACAUAAGUAAUUAAAGAGAAUGAUACUUAAUCAUUUUAGAUCGACCGGAAUAGUUUUGGAAUUAUGUGCAGUAGAAAUAGGCUAGGCGUAAGAAAUAUAUCAAUGACACUAACAUUGUUUUGGGGCAGGUUUCAAAAUUAUUAUUUUUUAAAGUAAACUUCACCGUGCCGCAAAAGUAAGUUAAGAGCCGUUUUGUGCGCUUCAAAGUAACGUUUAAACCCUGUAGUCUAUGUUUCUUUAUGUACCAUAAUAUAACGUUGUUUGCCCAGCAAAAAGUUAUUUAGUAGCCUUAACAAAGCAAUAUUUUCCCUCUCAUUGCAACAAUACUGUAUAAAUAGAUCAACAGACAAUCAGAAAAACCAAAUAAUAAAAUAUAACAAUAAUAAAUUUAAGGAAUCUUUUUAGUUUAAAAAAAAUUAUUCAAUGUUAAUUUUGUAAUAAAACUUCAAUAUGAAUUAUAUUUUGCGUCAAUCUAUCUGGGUUUUGCAACGAUCAGUACAUUAUUUUUCUAGGAUUUUAACGUUUAA